UCAGGUGACGUAGCGCCCCCUCCCUCCCUGCUUUCCCCACCCCCGGCUGGAGCUGCAGCGCAUCAUGCAGAGUUCCGCAGGGGGAGCUCUGUGUCGCCCUCUGGUGCCCACAUGCUGUAGUGCCCCCAUGUCUGUGCCAGGAGGCGGAAGAUCCUCAGCAGGAUCCAGGAGGCGCGCCUCUCCACCAGUAACCAUGAGGGACACGUAUGGGACUUCCUCUGUCAGCAGCAGCACCUCUGGUUCCUACAAAGGAAGUGACAGCAGCCCCUCCUCCAGGCGCCAGAAUAAGUACAGUCUUUGUAGUGAGAACCAUGGAAUUAAACCUCCUACUCCAGAGCAGUACCUGACCCCCCUACAGCAAAAGGAAGUGUACAUCCGGCACCUGCGUGCAAGACUAAAGGACAUGCAAGAUGCUCUGCAUGAGAGGGACACUGAGGUGGAUGAGUUGAGGUCUCAGCUAAGCCGGAUGCAGGAGGACUGGAUAGAGGAGGAAUGUCAUCGGGUGGAGGCGCAACUUGCUCUAAAGACCGCUCAGCGGGAAAUCCAGCAGCUGCGAGAUGUCAUGGAGAACGGGAGGGAGGGCCUGGGGGAGAACGACUCCGGGGUGCAGAAAUACUUUGCAGACAUGACACUGCAGAACCGCAAGUUGGAGACUCUACUGCAAAACAUGGAACUGGCGCAAGAUGGAACAGAGGGUGUUGGCUCCUCUGGGGAAUCACCUGCCCGUUCCUUGACCCGCAGCUCCACCUACACAAAGCUGAGUGAGCCUCAUGCAGAAGAGCACCACUCCCAGGACACUGGUGAUAGUGGGUUUGCUGCCCCUGAUGACAGCAGUGCAGUAUCAUCUGGUACUGAGUUUUGUCUCGGUGAGGGGCCCCUGUGUAUUGAGGUUCACCCAGCCCCACUAUGUGCAGAAGCAGCUGUCCAGGCCAGCAAUGUUAGUGACUGUGGAGUACAGACAGAUGUUGUGCCGGAGACCCCAGAGCCAGAUAACAUUUUCGAGAAGGUUUCUCUGUCUCAUUUAGCUGGAAAUUAUAUUACCCAGAAGCCCCUGGUACAGGAGGAAGUCACAGUGACCUCUGACUCCUCCUGUGUUGUGUUGGUCACGGAUGGAAUUCCUGGAGAGUCUGGAGCAGAGGAACACGAGUCACCCCCUCAUAACUACUGGAGCCGUCACUUUGUAGUGGACUUACUGGCUGUACUGAUCCCUGUGGUGCCCACUGUAGCUUGGUUGUGCCGUGCACCGAGACGCCAGGGGCAGCCGGUCUAUAACAUCAGCUCCCUGCUGCGUGGCUGCUGCUCGGUGGCUUUGCACUCCAUUCGUAGGAUUAGUUGCCGGCCAGUUAGUCCCCCCCCAAGCCAACCCUGAUGGCUGCUAGCCAUGGACACACAGCACUUUCUGGCAGGGUCCUGUAGGACAUCUGUUGGGCACAUUGGGGUGGGGGUCACUGGGAGUAUGGGCAAUAUGCAAGCACCCGCCAAAGUCUCAUGGGCACUUAGUCAUCUUGAGUGGGCAUAUGCCUGGUCUAGACCAAUGAAUACAGCUGCAUAGGUCAGUGAUAAUGGGACUAGAAUUUAGCCCGCGUGGCACCGUGCCAUCUGUAUGUAACAAGAUCACUGCCUUCUCUCAUGAACUGGUGCACGUCACAGCUUACUUUCCUUCCGUGUGCACACGUGGAAGCCAAUAAGGGAAAGCCAUAAAUUCUGCUGCUGCACGUGUGUGUGUUUGUGUGUGUGUAGCUUCAGUCAGUUGCGUAUAACACUCCUGCCCCUGAUACAUGGGAAGCACCUGCUCUGGCUGCCCUGACUUUCCACCUAUUUAUUUCCCUUUUCCUGCAGGACCAGGCACCUUCCCAUUAUGGCUUCCAGAGUACUUGUGUGUGUGUGUACAUUGGUGUUCCACAAUCCAGGAUUCUUUUCGUGGGUGUCUCCCUUAUACUUCUUCUGAGUGUGAACAAACACUGUUGGCUUUCCACUCUUACACUGCUGAAUGUGAUUACCUACCCCUCCUGUCUUUUGGGGUGCACUCUCAUUUCCGUUAGUGAUCAUCUUCCUAACAUGUGAGUGAGUGCACAACCAUGCUUGCCCUCAUGCCCAAGAAUAGGAUCAUUUAGUGCAGAGGUGUGAGUGACUGGUAUCGCCUGGCAUUGCAGGAACUUGUCACCGGGCCUCACUCUCUCCUCCAUAGUAUUCACCUGUCUACUGCGGCAUGUUACUGAAAUGCACUAGUAUAUGUGAGUAGGGUGUGUGGCAGCAUGUUAUUGGGAUGCAAUAGAGUGUGUGGGUAGAGGGUGUGCAAGUAGGCUGUGUGUGAAUGGGUUGCAAGGCAUGUUAUUGGGAUGCACUAGUGUGUGUGAGUAGGGGCAUUGCAUGGCGUGUUACUGGUAUGCACGUGUGUGUGUAAGGAGGGAGUUUGUAAGUGCAGGGCAUGAGCCCCUUUAAUAUUCAGACACUCUGUACCAGGUAAUUGUGCCCUGUGUUAAUACUACUUGUUCCAUUAAGCCCUCCAUUGCUGUGUGUGGGAGAGGUACAUAGGGUGGGGGGCAUAAUCCUGUGAGACUGACAAAAAUGACUGUGGUUCUGUCCAUUUCCACUUGUCAUGUUUUUAGUACUUACAUGUUCAUUUGCACUUUCCCUGGGUAUUGCCUGCCCUGGAGGCUGGUGCACUGGUUGCUUGGCCGACAGACAUAUGUAACGUAUGGGAGUAUAUGUAUAGAUCGAUAUAGGGAGACACUUAAUCUAUUUUUAUUGAUGUUGCUGCUUUGUGUCUGCUUCCUGCUGAUUGUAUUAAACUGGCCUGAGCCACAUUACCCAUGAGCCUUUCCUAGCCCUUUGCUGCCACCCCUGCUAUUGGCACUUAUUCCCAGGAGGGACAGGAAUGGUUACAAUGUAGGGUUCUCUCACCCAAAUAAAUGAGUUUUCUUGUA